CACACAGAUUAUUCACCUGUUUUUCAUUUGCUCUAUUGAAUCAUUGUCAUAUCUCUGAAAACCAAACUGUUUUGUUCACCACUUUUCUCUGGGAACCAGAAAGGCAGCAGCACUUCUUCAGAGAACUCCAAGUUAAACUACAGAUUUUAGCUCUGCUUUGAGAAGAUGAGGCUGUGUCUCCUGCUCUGCAUCCUUUGUGUGAUUGCUGCUGUUGGCUACAGUCAGCAUUCAGAUAACAAAGAAGUGGGACCACAGGGGCCACCAGGGCCACUGGGACCUCCGGGACCACCGGGAUCACCAGGGGCAGAUGGGCCACCAGGGGCAGAAGGACCACCGGGAAAAGUAGGGUCAGCGGGACCACCAGGGCCACCGGGGAUUCCAGGACCAAUGGGGGGAGGAAGACCAUGGGGGGACCCGGGUCUUCCAGGGGCAAAAGGGGAUCGAGGAUUUCCAGGAAUGGAUGGACCCCCUGGACCUAUGGGACCUAGGGGGGAAAAAGGAGACCCAGGACUGCGAGGAUUGCCUGGACCAGUUGUAAUGUGUGGAAAAGAUUUAAUUACACCUCUUUACCAGGACCUUGACCUAUUAAAGGACGCCGUUGCUAAAUUAGACCAUGUUACGACCUACGACUUUGUCAAGAAGGUUGGCCAGAAAUAUUUCGUGUCCCACAGGGAGACGGGCUCGUUCUCGGGGGCUGUGGAGUUCUGCUCCAGUCAAGGCCUAGAGCUGGCUUUGCCACAGAACGAAGACGAGAACAACAUGUUGACCCGGGUUUUUGGUGAAACUGUCAAAACGGCCUGGAUCAGCGUCAACCAUAAAAAAUCAGAGGGGGACUUUACUACUGAUGUGAAAAACCGACCUCUGGUCUUCACCAAAUGGGCAGAAGAACAGCCAGAAAGAUCCAUCCAGGACACAGGCUGCAGCAUGCUGUCAGAAAACGGCAGGUGGCGGGUGACACGUGAUUGUUCUCAGAAGGCUUUUAUUGUUUGUCAGGUCCAGUAGAGCACCUCUACCAGGUGUUCUAGCGUUCUAGUAGCUAAAGGUUUGUUUUGUUCUAGAGUCCCUGUCUUCUCACUGUGACACAGCCCCCCCCCAAAAAAAACUAAAAACAAUAUCACGUUUUGUUUUUUGAUUGUGGACAUCAAUGCAAAGAAACUGUUAAAAUCAAAUGUACAUACUGUUCACUUUAAUAUUGUGAUUAAAGUAAAUCAGUGAUGUCA